CAGGAUCUGUAUGAGGAACAUGGUGAUACCCUGGCUCUCCAAUACGGUGGCAGUUGCUUGGUGCACAAUAUUGAAACCUACCAGAAGACCGGCAAGUUGCGCAGUCAGUCACGUGACCUCAUGCAGACGCUUUCGCGUGGCUCACCAUACCUGAAGUCAGUGAUGCUCGGUUUCAGUUUGCAGGUAUUCUAUUGUUACUGCUGA